AUGGAUAAAAACACUAUUUUAGAGUUAAAUGAUGUAAAAUUUUAUUAUAACAAGGUUUUUACAAAUGAAUUGUUAGUGUCUUUACAAAAAGAAAUGAAAAUAGAAGAUUUAAUAUUCUCUUAUAGCCAUUAUUCCAAUUUGCUUAGUGGAAAUGAACAUUUUGAUAAGUAUGAAAUAGAAAGUGAUUAUUUAAAAAGUGAUGAUGAAAUUAAAAAUUUAAAUAAUUACUUGUUAGAUCAAAACAAUAUACAUAUGAAACAAAAGACAUACGAUUCCGAAGAAAUACUUAAUUAUUUUGAUCCAUAUAUUACUGAAGAAAAUUUUGAAGAGAAAAUAGAAAAAACAUUUCAAGAUUUAAAUAAUAUUUUAAAAUCUUCUUACGCAAAAAAUGAAAUAGAAGACUCCAGUAAAAUUGAUAUAAACGAAAUUUUACAAAAUUUGAAAGUUGAAAAAGAACAACAAUAUUACAAAAUUUUUGAAUUACGCUUAGAAAAAAAUCAAAUGCAUCAAAUCACAUUAAUAAUGAUUGCAUUCAUUAUAAGAAGUAUUUUUAAUUUAAGUUUAGGAAGGAAGUUAAUUUUUUCUAAUAAAAAUAUUAAUCAUAUAUUGCUAAGGGCAUUAUAUAUUCAAAAUAUAUAUGUUCAAAUAUUUACAUUGAAAAAUAUAAAAAGGUAUAUAGUAGAAGAUAGAGAAUAUUGUGAUAAAAUUCAUUUAAAAAUGAUAAAAAUAUGCAUAUUUAGUAAAUCUCUUUGUUCAUUUAAUCGAGCAAAUGAAAUUAUACUAAUUUUAGUUAAAGAAAAUAAACAGGUAAAUGACAUAUUUGAUUUUUAUUUUUUAAAAAAACUUAAAAAAUCUCUUGAAAAAUCAGAUAAUAUUCAACGUUUAAGAUUGUUGGAUUUUAUUGCUGAUAACAUGAAUAUAAAUAAUGAAGCAAUUUGUAAUAUAUUUCAAAUAAAUAAAAAAAAUUGUUACAGUAAUGAAAAUAUAAAUUUUUUAAAGGGUGAUAAAUUGGAUUCAACUCAUUUGUCUAUUACAUUUGAAGAUGAUAAAAAUUUAGAAAAUCUUUCAUUUGAAAGUGAUUACGAAAAUUGUUCUUUUGAUGAUAUUUCCUUUAUUAAUCAGAAGUGCGUAAGCGAAAUAAUGAAUAAAUAUUGUUUAAAAUUAAAUGAAAUUUGUAAAAUUACGAAAAUUAAUAUAUAUAAAUACUUGCAUAUGAUUUAUUUAAAAGAUGAUUUAUUAUUAAAAAUAAAUGUAUUAGAAAUAUUCUCUAAAUUAAUUAAAAAUAUACAUUACUGUGAUACAAUAAGUGAAAACAUACAUUUUUUACGUAUAGUUUUAAAUGACCUUAAAAAAUCGGAUGAAGAUAUUUUGCAUUUAAAUAUUUUGAAUUCUAUAAUUUCUUAUUCUAAAAUAAAUUCAUUAGUUUUAAAUUUUAUUUUAAAUGCUCAUUCUAAUAUAUUAAUGAAAACUAUAAUUAAAUUUUUAUGUGACUCUAGCAUGAAUGUUGAAAAAUUAAUUGUUGGAAUUAAAUCAUUUGGUUACUUCUUUUCAAUUAAAGAAUCAUGUGAAAUUCUUUUGAAAUUAAAUCCAAAUAUUCAUUUAAUUUCUAUUGAAAAAAUAACUUCACAUUCUCAUGUAAAUGUUUUAAGACAUUCAAUAAAUAUAUGGUUAAGAAUAAUACCUUCUAAUUCUAAGGAAUAUGGAUGGUUAAAAGAUUUAAUUCAUAAUAUUCUUUUUGAGAAGGUAAUAUCAAUCUUGAAAGAGAUUGAAGACAUGAUAGUCCAGAUAAAUAUUUAUAAUUUGUUAGAAAUAAUGAUUAAUUAUGAUAUAUGUGAUUUACUUUUAAAAGAACAAUGGCUAAUAAAAAGUUUAUUAGGAAACUUUCAAAAUAAUAGUUAUGAAUUAAAAAUGAGUAGAUACAACUUUUUUAUGGCAUUUUAUCAAGUUAAUAAAACCAUUAUUAGUAAUAAUUCGUAUGCUGAUAAUAUAAUUAAUAACUUUAUUAAAUGCAUACCUAAAAGAUAUUAA